AUGGUUAGUUUACACUAAUGGCUGCCAAGAGGAGAGAAGAUUCAUCGUCGCUCGCUGAAAGUUUAGAAAUUUUACUGAAGACUCUUGAUGACAUAGAAAGAAGAAAUGUUCAUCUUCUGAAGCUUUGUGGUGCAAGGAGAAACCUGUUCAAACCUUGGCCACGCAAGAAGAAUGGAGAUACAGAAACAGUGGAGAAAGAUGGAGGUGAUGUCCAGACCAGCAGUCAGUCUAAAGAUACCCUGACAGCUGCCGAAAAAUCUGAAAUGGCCAUGAUGGACAAGAUGCUGACCAAGGCUCAGGCUGCCCGAGAGGUUCAACAAAGGAUUAAAGAAUCAGGACGAACACGAAAACCAAAACUACCAGAAAAGAAGGGAGACAACUCCUCAAAGGGUCCUGUGAAGGUUUCUAAUCAAGAACCUGUACAAAAUGAUAGCACCACUACCAAACCAUCUGUCAAGAAUUUGGCAAAGAAAACAACAAGUGACAGAUUAACUCAUAACCUCGAAAAAGGAACAAACUCAAAAUCUCAAGGAGAUCAGGUUGCACCCAAGUCUUCAACAACAGGUCAAGGUCAAGGCCAGCGUGGUAGAUUAAGUGGGAGAGGGUCGUCAAGUGCCAGUGUGAGAGGAGGCAAGAAAGUAGUAGCCGCUCAUUUGACAGCACCCUUUCAGACAAAUCCCCGUCUGUCUGUGCCAAAGCGCCAGGUCGAUAAACGGAUAUCAUCAGGAGCUAAAUGUAGAACUGUUAUUACAGGACAAAAGAAAUCUUCCGUCCCAACUCAAAGAUCAGUCAUUUCUGAACAGAAAUCUGGUUUUAACCAGAAACAAAAUGGGAAAGACAAUCAUAAAUUAGAAAAUCAAAGAUUAGAGAAAGAUGAAGAAAUCACAGAGAAAUUAGACACAUUUGUUGAUGACGAUUCAUUUGAAGACAAAGCAACGUCUGCACACAAUAGCAGUGUAGCAUCAAAUCAAUCUGAAGGACAAGAGGAAGAAACACAAGUGACUGCAAAACCCCUGGUAGAGGACACAGCACUGGUAGAAAACCUUGGAAACCUCAAAGUGACGGAUGAUACAGAUACACAGGAGAAAGAAAAGGAAAAGAGAUUUUGUUUACUAACUGAUGGGAAAAAGCUGAACAUUCCUGGAAAACUUCGCAGACUGUACGCCAAUAACGUAAGGUUACGGGAGAAGGUAAAACUUCAGAGGAUGACGAAAAAGGUGGAUGUCUGUACCAGUCGUCAGGAGUUUUUGUCCAAGGUGGAAUCCACGUUUGAGUGGGAUGAAGCUCAGAGUGUGGGGAGAAAAGUGCAAGCCAUCACCAACGUCUACACCAACCUUCUACGCCUCCUGUGUGACCUUGACCUCCGGGACACAGAUUCCUGGCCCUGUUAUGAUGUGUUGCGAGCAAAACGUAUGGUGGAGUUUAUAUUGACGGUUUUCUACAAAACUGAGGAAGAAAGACUCAAAUUUAAUCCUGAUGUAUUAUCGAGCAUUUCCUGUGAGGGGAGACAACUCCGAGUUGAGGUAACCCCUCCUCAGCCUUCUUUUACGUCACAAUUCUGGUCACCAGCUUUCAUCAAACUUGAUCCUUGUGUGUAUAAAACUUUGUCAAAACCUUACGACUGCCUGCAGUACAAGAGUUCACGUGAUCUUGACCGAUACAUGACCCUUGUCUUCCAAAUCCAGUACGAGCAGCUACAGCAGAGACUCCUGGAUACCAUAGCAACCAAAGUGUUACCAUUGUUAAAAUGUGGAAACUACAAACCAAGUGAGACUGUAUGGAUGUUCCGAUCGCUGUACUCCAUGCUGACUUCAAACAAGUCUUUCCCUGUCAUAGUCAAGGAUACAAUUCAGGAGCUGGAGGAAUCUCCGGAAAACAAAUGACCUUUUUCCUGGAUUUGAUAAAAUCUAAAUUCCUUAUACAAUUUCUAGUUAUUCAGGGUUAGACACAAACUUUUUUUUGCAUGCUAGUCCACAGGACUAGUUGAAUAGAUUAUCUACUAGUCCUUCAUCAGUGUAACUAGUGCUAAGAUUUCCUGAUAAGGAAACAUUGCAAUCUACAGCACGAAACAUCAAAAGUAAUCGCCUGUAGGGGACUUAAAAUGAUAACUGCCAUAACAAUUUGGUGAAAUUUUAGGAAAAUUUUUGACAACUAUCUUGCAAUAUAUCCUAUUUUAAGCUAUUUUCUAAAUUUUAAAAAGAAAUAUUAUUAUUUUAUAAUCAUGUUUAUCACAGUUCCAAGAACCAGUUAGGUUGGUGAUUCACUAGUCCUUGCUGAAAUAUACUAGUCUAGGACUAGCGGACUAGUGUUAGUGUCGACCCCUGCUAUUUAGUUAAAAUGAAAUGAUGCUGAAGAUGACAUCAAGAUGUAGAUUUGUUACAAGUAGUUAGCUUCCAAUUGAAUUAGUCUAAUACAUUGUGAAAUUUUCUGCACAUGAAUUGCACGUCAGGGCAGUAUUUAAACAGAUUUAGAGUAGAAAAAUAUACAUAAAUCAAUUUGCUAUAUUAAAUAGUUCACGCAUGAUAACGAUUGUAUGUGUCAAAUGUGGACCAGCUUUGCAGCAGAUUUAUUAGACAAUAUUUAAUAAAAAAAAUAUAUAUUUACAUUUCCACUGUAAGUUCCUCUAUAUCCAUUACCUGAAGAAAUUGUGUUCAUAGAGCUAUGAACCAAAUUUGAUCCGGGUCAUUUUUAAUCUUCUCCUGUCGCCUAGAUAAACAUGAGACAACUGUUAGAAUCAAACAUUUUGGUGACGUUAGGCUGUUCCAGGAAUCUUGUUUGCAUACUUUUUUGGAAAAGUAACAGGUGUUUUUUUUAAUGGAAAAAAACCCCUACCACUUAAUCUUGUUCUUGAGACGUUUUUGACAGUUCUAAAUCAGGGCCUGUAUUCAUAAAUAUCAUUGUCAUGUUCAAAAUCAGAUUGUGUUCAAGCUCUCAAUUCCAUAUUCAAUUCAAAUGGUGACUUUUAAAAUGCCAAUUUGAAGACUUGCUCUUGACCAAAAUUAGUUUAAAGUGUACAACAGCACCUGUUACAAUCCCAGAGUUCAACUUCAAGGACUGGUUUUCAACUUGGGAGUUUUCUCCCUUGCAGUAUAGUUACUUCCCUUAUCAAAGUGUUCACCUCUCAUUUUGAUACUAUGUAUUAACAAUUCCAGGAUAGCAACUUUUUGUUUAUAUUUAUUUUUGCUUUCAAAUACUGAAAUUUUGAACAACUGUCAUUCUGCAAAUCAAAUUUCAUUGCAAUAUGUCAUCUGUAAGAAACUCUUCAGUGGAAAAGUACCGGGAAAAAAAAAUCAUUAAAUUUGACACCGGUCAUAAUAUUUUUCAAUUUGUCCGUACCCUCACUGAACUGUUUACUUUCUAAAUUGCAAUUCAGGAAAUCAACGAGUUUCAAGAAAGAACAUAUCGGCAAAUAACUGAGUUUGAGAUUAGAAAAUGGUUUUGUGAAUACAGGCCAACCAGAACCUUUACACCAGAGAUUGUUAUCAUUUAUACUAUAUGUUAAAACAAAUGUUAUUACAUUUACAUGUAUUAAUCCUUAUGUAUCUACCAAUAUAUAGAAAUGAUAAUCUUUAUUGAAAUCAUUAUUGCAUGAUAAUUAAUGCCUUGUUAGAAGUUUUAUGAUGCAUGUCGUCUA